UUAUUUGCAAGCCGUUUCCUUGAGCGAGUGGCUGUCAGGGUGUUGUCUAGGCGAGGUUGCUAGCUUCUUUGUUUCAUUUUGGCAAGCUAGUUUAAAGAGCUAAUUAACCAUUUCGGACGACGUUGCUCGCCUGUAGCGGCGUAUUUGACAAUAGCUGAUGGUACAUCCCUGAAAUAGACGCAUAUGGAAACGGUGUUUUCAGGACUUUGCCCACCUGUUGCCAUGGUGCCUGGCUGAUGCAUGAUGAUACCUUGGUGGUCUAGUUACUGCGGCUGCUAGAAAUAUGUGGUCGUGUCAGACCCUCUGUGCCAGACCCAGUGGAACAUGACAGUACAUAGAUUCCAGUGAGCCAUUGAUCUAAAUGAAAAAGACCUCGCUCACCACCACCAGUAUACCAUUAUCCACAAUUUGGAUCAUUUUAGGGACUGCUGUGACACAUGACGUGCAUUAGCACUGCGUUGCUUAUCCAUGGCCCUGGAAGUUGACAGAUCUUUCCCAGAGCUCCUUUCUCACAUGGAACCAAAGAGCUGCCGGUGGAAGACACGGAUCCCUGUAUCUACAUCUGGUUCCCACCCUGGCAUCUCCAGAGAAGGAUUGGCUUAUGGCCUACCUGCUAAAAGUCCAGAGAGAGACAGAGGUGGUCAGAAGAAAACCGUGACCAUGGCCCCCAGGUCUAGGUAUCUAACAGAAAAGAGUCAAUACGUAGUGAGAAAGCCGCUGUUUGCCGACAAUAGCCACAUUUCAAUCCUCAAGAAGCCCCCUCUUCUGGAACAUUCAGAGCAGGAAGUUGAGCCAGAGCAGGGUUGCAGUAACCUGGAUCGCCACUGGGAUAUGCAGUGCUUAUCCACUUUGCCAGCUGAGGAAACCCCAGACAGUUACGAUGCUUGUCCAGCCUCAUCCCUGUCAACCUCUGCAGAGGACCUGAGCGUGCCUCUCUCCACCUUGGAUCUGAGGAGCUGGUCACCUCAUGAGGACACCAGCAUGGUUGCAGGGUUUCAAGCCAACUUGCCCCGCCGUCGCUGUCUGUCCAGCCCUCCUCUUGAUGUCCACAGCUUGAAGGUGGAGAUGAGCCCCAAGUGGAAAUCCACCCAGAGGUCGUCCUCCCUGGAGCACUACUCCUCUUCCUCACACUUCUCCAGGAGGAACAGGGCGGAGCACAGCCUGGUCCAACCAAGAGACACUUCUCUGAAUCCCAGGUCAUCACUUGCUGACAAUAAGUCCCACCCACUUCCUCUCCAUAAGAUGUCCCCCUUUCAGGCAAACUACUGGGCAUGCGCCAUCCCUCGCAGCCUGCUUUCAUCCCCAGAUAGGAAGUCCCCCAACUGGGAUCCGGACAAAGAGUACGAGACCCUCCUGGAUUACACCUACCCACUGAGACCCAACCACCUCCCUGCACUGGACUCCACAGGCACUAGGUCACUGUUGCGAACCAACCCUGUGCUGCUGGACUCUGGGAUCGGGCUAGACCGCUUCUGCAGCUCCUCCAAUCUGUCGUGCUCAGACCAGCCUCUGAGGGAGAAGAGGAGGGGCCUGAGAGCCACGGAGCAGGUCAGCCCCGCCCCCAAGGAGCACUUGCAUUCCAAGCACUAUGGCUACAGGCCGUUUGGCAGCUCCGACUCAUCUGUGGACCAAAUAGGUCUAUCGUCGGAGAGCCUGUUGGAAACCGACAGCAAACGGGCCCACCGCUGGACACAUGGGUGGAAGCAGGGAAUCUUUGCAUCCGGCGACCCAGCCCGGCACUUCAUUCCAACCUCGCAUGUGCUGCCUGCCCGCAGGAUGGUGUGGGACAGUGACGAGGAGUUCUAUGCCCUGCCGGGUCAGCUGCAGGAGCUGCAGGUGCUGUCGCAGCACCUCCAGACCCUCUCUGAGCAGGUCUGCAAGUCCUACGACAACAGCUGCGAGUCCCUGGAGAAGGAGACGUCUUCUGAAAGGACGUCCGCAACAUUGGUGGAAAACAAGCCCGAGGAGGAAGGGCCUGGUGAGCAAGGGGAGGGGCCUAUCUACAGAAGCUCCUGCGGCCAGGAGCGCUCGGCGGAGGUGGAGGGUCUGGAGGCCAGUCUGCGGAGGCUUGGCAAGGAGGUCAACAGAUGCAGCCUGAGGAAGGUGGCGUCUUGCAUGCAACACCUGAGUGGGAUGUCCCUGGACGGGGUCUCCCUGUCCGAGGUGCAGGGGAGCAUGCCAACAAGCCUCGAAGACUUUGAGGCCAAGGAGUCACUCAUGCAGCACAUUCAGGAAUUUUGCUCUAACCUGGAGAAGCUGAUCAUUUGGCUGUACAGCGUGGUGGAGAAGAUGGAGCGGUUGACUCCACCCGCUGUUGAGAUUGAGAGCGUCAAGUCCUCUCUCGCGGAUUACCAGAGCUUCCAGAGAGAGCUGUGCUCCCAGCAGCCCCUGACCGCUGCUGUGCUCCACAAGGGAGGAAUCCUGCUGCGCUCAAUGGACUCCACCUCUCCAGUUCUGAAGGAGACGCUGCGGCAGAUCGAGCAGCAGUCCAGGGCCCUGGAAGCGCACGCGGAGCACCUCUUCUCCUCCAUCCUGUUGGCCAUGGACAGCCUCACAGAGCCCAGCAGCUCCGAGACAGAGGUGCAGGUCACCGGGCUGUCCACACAGGAGAGUUGGCUCACGGAGCAGGAUUGAGCAGCAGCAGGACACAGACACGUGCCCUCAGCACAGAGACUUGCCCCUUGACCUUAGAAAGCACCUUUUUACCCAGCAGCUCACCAGCCAGAUCCACUCUUCGUAAAACAAGCGCACUUCAACUUCACAAUUAUGGCACACCUUUAUCAUGUAUUUUUGUUUCAUCCAUCAUAUGCAUGUUUUUACUACUCUUACUAAAAUGUUUCUACAUGUAAUUAUUAUUGUUUGAUCAAAGGAUACUUAGAAAAGAUUAAAAAUGCCACUAAGGACUUUUUUUAACCUGAUCAGUGCACACGGGCGACUAAGAUUCCGAACAGAUUUUGCUAAUAUUUCAUUCAUUGGGAUUGAUUAUUCUGUUUACAGUUUACCCCCAUUUACAGUCAAUCCCAUUUUGAUAAAGCUUCGCAGAAAAUCUAUCGACAGCUAGUCAUUCGUAGAGUGCUACUACAUAUGUACCACAUCUGUCAGAUGAAACUUUACAUUGCCUUCUUGGAGAGACGAAACGCAGAGCAACAUUUGCCCAAUUGUUAGACAUAUUCAGCAGAGAUUUCACAACUGUUGAACAGCAUAAAUCUUAGGUCUCUUUACACUAUAGAAAAAUGGUAAAUCAGGGUGCCGACCGAAGGCUUUUUCUGCAGUGACUUCAGAAAAAUGCACCGUAACCUCUAACCUCUGACCAAAAAACAAAAACCUCUACCUAUUUCGACAUCUCUUAUUGGCACCCUUGGAAAACAGUCGGUGACAUUUACCGUCAGAAACUCACCGCAGGAUGUCAGUUAAAUAACUGCCAAGUUACUCAAUCUGACUGAAUUGUGCGGUGGUAACCAAGCUGGCUGGGUGACAUGCGUGUCCUUGGAAUGUGCUCUGUGAGCCAGAAUGCCAGAUCUUAUUACAGGCAUUAUUAAGCAGCACUGAAAUACACGAGGUAGAAUGAAAGCAAGGAAAUGCAGUAAAACAAACCUUGGAUGGCCUUUAAUGUUAAUGUAUACCACUCUGUGCUUAAAUUACGAGGGCCCGAGUAGCCUGACCUAUGUUAAGGUUUAUGUAGAUCAAUUCACCAGCAUACAUUUUCACAAUAAAAGUUCUAAUAGAU